CGCCUAUAAAUGUUUUGGAGCCAACUUUUUUUGAAGAAUUAGACUUUUUCGAGCGGGUCUUUGAUGCUGGUAGUUUGGUUGUUUAAUUUGCUAAGUAGAGAAAGCUACGGGCGAGACAAGGAAAGAAAAUUGUAACAAACAGCUAAACAAGUUUUUCAGACUAUUCCAACAAAAUAUUAGCUGCAGGCGAACUGUUGUACGAUUUCUUAAGACAAUAGAACUUUUGUUGAACAAAGAUAAGCAAUAUUGGAAUUUAAUUGAUAGAUAACACAACAGCGAACUACAGGGACGAGCGUGUAUAUUCUGAUGUCAAUUUUGCCUUUCGUCUGCUAAUAUUUGUCUGCGCUAUCCGAUUGUCUCAGGUCCAGCUCAGCCGCCAUGUUUAAGAGAGGAUUAUUACGUCACUUCCUGUUGUGUUUGCUCGCCCUCGCCUUGACCUCAGCGCUUGCCGACGACGAUGUACGAGAACCCAACCAACUAGGUGACCUUGACACCGAGUUGUCCAUCGAAGACGGGCAGGACCUGGAGUCCUUGCUUGACCCUGACGAUCUCGAGGAUGACCUUGAGAAACGAAAGAUGGACCGGUAUGGUUUUUCUGGAGGAAUCGGUAAAAGAGGAAUAGACCGAUACGGAUUCGUUGGCGGUAUCGGGAAACGGCAGUUAGACAGAAUAGGUUUUUCUGGGGGAAUCGGGAAACGCGCAAUCGACCCGUACGGCUUCUAUGGCGGUAUCGGUAAGAGGGGAUUCGACAGAUACGGAUUCGCUGGAGGUAUCGGCAAGAGAGGACUCGACCGAUACGCUUUCUACGGCGGUAUCGGAAAGAGAGGAAUCGACAGGUUCGGCUUCGCUGGAGGAAUCGGCAAAAGGCGAAUCGAUCCCUUCGGCUUUACAGGAGGAAUCGGCAAAAGAAGAAUGGACCGAUACGGUUUCGCUGGAGGAAUCGGCAAACGUGGACUAGAUCGGUACGGAUUUUAUGGAGGAAUCGGUAAGCGAUUAGACCGCUUCGGAUUUGCAGGUGGAAUCGGCAAAAGGAUACCGGAUAUGGAGGAUGGUGAAGUAGAGUUUGUGAAACAGGAUGACGCAAUGAGGGACAUGGACAAAAGAUCGGCAGACGAGACCAAGACUGACAUGGCUGAGUCCAAGUCCACGUGAGGGGAUACGCUUGUGACGUCAUCAACUGAAGCAACGUCAUACAAAUGCUCAGUGUCCAGGACAAGGAAACAAGACUGAAACAGAUUUCUUUCAUUCCAGAGUUUUGUUUUUUUAUUUAGGCAUCAAUUUCUCGUUUCGCGUCUUUCAAAAAGUAAAAGAAAUACACAAAAAAUAAAACGGAACAAAAUAUCAAUUUA